AGUCUAUAUGACUGCAAUACAUUUACUACUACAGGGCACAAAGCAGAACAUUAGACAAGAGGAACGUAAUCGUUUUAGCUCCCGUGUUCACAUCGGACCAAGAACAAUGUAACGUACUUCCGGUGCUUGUUUGGCUGGCAAUUUGAAAUGUGUACAAUGUAAAAUCGUGUUGUUUCCGUAGAUUUAAUGGCAAUCUUAUUAAAUGACACGUUCCAAAUCACUACUGCAAGAGUCCUAUAGUGACAUAUACGAGUUUAGUCUCUAUACUAUGUUUAAAAGGAUGGCUGAAUUUGGACCAGAUUCCGGGGGUAGAGUGAAGGGUGUUACGAUCGUCAAACCCAUCGUAUUCGGAAACGUUGCUCGGUAUUUUGGAAAGAAGCGAGAGGAGGACGGACACACUCACCAAUGGUCUGUGUACGUGAAACCAUACAGAAACGAGGAUAUGUCUGCAUAUGUGAAGAAAAUACAGUUCAAGCUACAUGAAAGUUACGUGAAUCCACUCAGAGUCGUGACGAAGCCUCCGUACGAGAUCACAGAGACGGGCUGGGGAGAGUUUGAGAUCAUCAUCAAGAUAUUUUUCAUCGACCCCAAUGAGAGGCCGGUGACUCUCUACCACCUACUGAAGCUCUUCCAGUCUGACUCCAGUGCCAUGCCCAAGAAGACGGUGGUCUCUGAAUUCUAUGAUGAAAUGAUCUUCCAGGACCCCACAGCCAUGAUGCAACAGCUCCUUAGCACCUCUAGACAACUGACCCUGGGGGCCUAUAAGCACGAGACUGAGUUUGCGGAGCUGGAGCUGCGGACGCGGGAGAAGCUGGAAGCAGCGAAGAAGAAGACCAGUCAGGAGAUCACAGACCUGAAGGAUAGACUGAAGGCCAGCAGAGAGACCAUCAACUUCCUGAAGGGAGAGAUACGCAAGCUGGAGGAGGAGGACCAGAUCAAAGACCACUGAUACACACACACUGGGUGAAUCUCAAUGGUAUUUUCUUGAUUCCUCAUACCUUCUCUCCUUGCAUCCUUCUCAAAACUCAUUGGAACACAAGAUAUGAGGUUCCUUGUCUUGGAUCUUCUCUUCCUAUGUGUUUUGAGAAGGAGAUGAGAGAGGACGCAAUGAAUCAUGGAUAUACAAUUGAGACACACCCUAAAUUCCAAAUCAACCUAUAGGCCAUCUCCCCGAGGCACCCCUGUAUAUCUGAAGGGUUUGGAUAGGUGGAUGCAAUAUGGUGCUUGUGACUCACCUUGUCUUCCCGAUUUCUGAUAGGCUGGAUGGAGUUUACGCCUUUUUUCUUCCACCUAUCCAACCCCUUCAGAGCAAAGGGAGGUGCCAGGGAGGAGGGGCUAGGGAUGGAUUUGGAAAUUGCCCUCGUCUGGAAUCCACACAGAAUAUCACUCCAUUUUACGAUUGUUUAAUUCCUUAAUAUAAUAUCUGUCAUUUCUCAGAUGCUUUCAUCCAAAGUGACUUAGUCAUGUGUGUGUAUGACUCCAAAGUGACUUAGUCAUGUGUGUGUAUGACUCCAGAGGGACUUGGUCAUGCGUGUGUAUAUUCGUCGUACGGGUGGGUCCCUGGAAUGGACUCCACUAUCUGGGCCGUACUGUCACCAUGCUCAUCCUGGCCGUACUGUCACCAUGCUCAUCCUGGCCGUACUGUCACCAUGCUCAUCCUGGCCGUACUGUCACCAUGCUCAUCCUGGCCGUACUGUCACCAUGCUCAUCCUGGCCGUACUGUCACCAUGCUCAUCCUGGCCGUACUGUCACCAUGCUCAUCCUGGCCGUACUGUCACCAUGCUCAUCCUGGCCGUACUGUCACCAUGCUCAUCCUGGCCGUACUGUCACCAUGCUCAUCCUGGCCGUACUGUCACCAUGCUCAUCCUGGCCGUACUGUCACCAUGCUCAUCCUGGCCGUACUGUCACCAUGCUCAUCCUGGCCGUACUGUCACCAUGCUCAUCCUGGCCGUACUGUCACCAUGCUCAUCCUGGCCGUACUGUCACCAUGCUCAUCCUGGCCGUACUGUCACCAUGCUCAUCCUGCCACAGGACCUCACAUCAUUAUGGAUGAUUGCACUAACAAUAGAGACAUGUAGAGGCAUUCCGUUUGAAUUCCAGACUUAACACUGCCUAGCAGAAUGGUUUUAUAUGAUCAUGUACAUAAUAAACAAGAACACUGAAGAUAAUCCAUGUUCGUUUCACCCCACUCUCAAUUCCACUCAGAUUUACCACAGAUGGCUCUCAGUGCCAACAUGUCACAUCUGUGUAGACUGGUCUGAAUGUGAAUAGGUUUUGAGCUUCUGUUUUUAAUUUUUAAUUUUCUUUUUUUCUGUAAAACUCAAACCAGUUUUUCUUUGAUUUCUCCUAUGUGAUGGAACAGAUGGAUCAAACAUGUCUUAGAUGCUAUUCAGGGUUAUUUGCAAAUUAUUAUUUUGUCAAGGAUUGAUCUCUUAAAACACACGUGGAUAGCCUGGGCAUGGCCAACUGUCUCGGUAUCAGUACAUGUGUCGACCCUUUUGAUAUGACUUCACUUCUUGAUCAUCAUUUAGAUAAAAGAUCGAGAACGACAGCAGGCAUUUUCAUCUCUGUUGGAGAGCGCUAAACUGUUGUUUACCUUGUAAGGAGACCGGAGCGCUGUAACGUUUGAUGAAUAUACAGCCUCUGCAUUACCCUUUCACCACCACUAGAGAGCGGCGAUGAGCAAAUAUUUAUUGGAAGUGGGAGGUGGCAACAAUUGUUUUAUAUUCCAAGAGAAAGGGAGGAGGCAACAAUUGUUUGUAUUGGAAGAGGGAGGUGGCAACAAUUGUUUGUAUUGGAAGAGGGAGGUGGCAACAAUUGUUUGUAUUGGAAGAGGGAGGAGGCAACAAUUGUUUGUAUUGGAAGAGGGAGGUGGCAACAAUUGUUUGUAUUGGAAGAGGGAGGUGGCAACAAUUGUUUGUAUUGGAAGAGGGAGGUGGCAACAAUUGUUUGUAUUGGAAGAGGGAGGUGGCAACAAUUGUUUGUAUUGGAAGAGGGAGGUGGCAACAAUUGUUUGUAUUGGAAGAGGGAGGUGGCAACAAUUGUUUGUAUUGGAAGAGGGAGGUGGCAACAAUUGUUUGUAUUGGAAGAGGGAGGAGGCAACAAUUGUUUGUAUUGGAAGAGGGAGGUGGCAACAAUUGUUUGUAUUGGAAGAGGGAGGUGGCAACAAUUGUUUGUAUUGGAAGAGGGAGGUGGCAACAAUUGUUUGUAUUGGAAGAGGGAGGUGGCAACAAUUAGAAACAAGGUGUGAGUGAAGAAGGACAGGGGCUUGUGGCAUCAACAACAGGUGCAUAGCAGCAUUAAUGGCGUAUUGUAUUAUUACAGAUUGACCAGCAUUC